AUGACGAUGAACCGAUACAUCACGUUGAACCAACUGGGCGACGGAACGUUUGGUUCCGUCGUUCUUGGCGAACGCAUAGACACGGGGGAGAAGGUCGCGAUCAAACGGAUGAAGAGGAAGUAUUAUUCCUGGGAGGAGGCGAUGAAUCUCCGAGAAGUUAAAUCAUUGAAGAAGCUCAGCCACGCAAACGUAGUCAAGCUGAAAGAAGUCAUCCGGGAGAACGACGUGCUCUACUUUGUCUUCGAGUACAUGAAAGAGAAUCUAUAUCAGCUGAUGAAGGACAGGGAUAAACUCUUCCCGGAACCGGUGAUCCGAAACAUCGUCUACCAGGUGUUACAAGGACUUGCGUUCAUGCAUAAACAUGGGUUCUUCCAUCGCGACAUGAAACCGGAAAAUUUAUUAUGCAUGGGACCUGAAUUGGUGAAGAUCGCCGACUUCGGAUUGGCCAGGGAGAUACGGUCAAGGCCGCCAUACACGGAUUACGUGUCCACGAGAUGGUAUAGAGCACCGGAAGUGCUGCUCCAUUCGACGACUUACAACAGCCCAAUCGAUAUCUGGGCGGUAGGUUGUAUUAUGGCUGAAUUAUACACGUUCCGGCCGUUGUUUCCUGGCAAGAGCGAGAUCGAUGAGAUCUUCAAGAUUUGCUCGGUGAUCGGCACACCCGAGAAGGACGAUUGGCCAGACGGUUAUCAGUUGGCCGCCGCGAUGAAUUUCAGGUUUCCAAACUUCACACGUACAUCGUUGAGCGUUCUGAUACCAAACGCCAGCCCAGAGGCGGUGAUAAUCAUGGAAGACAUGUUACAAUGGAACCCGAUAAAGAGACCCACCGCACAACAGUCUCUGAGGUAUCCAUACUUUCAAGUGCAUGGUCCGCGUGUGAUCAACAGCAAAAAGAUCGGAAUCACGUCCCAUCGAGACCUGGUCCUGAACAAAGUGAAUCUUCCGCCACCGAUACAGAAACAGUACAACUAUCCCCAAGACGCUCUCGAAGACUCCUUAGAAGCUAGAGCACAAGAGAAACUAGGACAGUCGCAACAACAACAACAGCAACCGAUGCUACCGCUCCUGAACCACAACAAUUACGCGCGCGAAAACAAUAUCCCAAAGUGGGAUGAGGAUGAUUUUGCCGAGCUUCUUGGAAGCAAGAUCGUUCCCGAGAACGUGAACGUAAAGCUUGCCCCCGAUCGAGUGUACAAAGAGAACCGUGCCAAUUGGAAUGGCAAUUAUAUGCCGGAUAAUCCAGGUGGUAACUGGACGUUACCACCGUCGUGGAACGAGCCGACCCCGUUGAACUGGGAACAACCGCAGGCGAACCUGAAGAACGGUCGCAAGGUCUCGGCGAAACAGCACUACCACCUGGCUCGGUACGUCACUGGGCCGAACACAAGCAUGUCGUCCAGGAACGGGGAUUCCGACGCGAACCGAUCUAGGUUGAUGAGGAAUCUAGUCGGUCAACCGUUGGAGAAGUACGAGGAAUUCACAGAUUCGUUUUGGGUACCGAGGAAUUCAAUCGAAAAUCAAGCAAAACAGUAUUACCUUCCAAGAAAUCGUUACAUUACAGAUCAGACCUUGAGGUUGCCUUAUCCUAGUGUUUACGGUACACAAACCAUCAAAAACACGAACAAAGGAACACUUCAACCGGGAGUGUACGGGAGUAUGGUUAACCAGAAAGGCAGCGGAAGUCUUCAUGGUCGAAUCGACUGGGCUGCCAAGUACUUAAACUGA